ACGAGAAGAAGAAAAAGAGGUCGGGACCUUCGUGACGUGUUUCCGGUGUCAUGUCAGCUAGCUGGUGAAACCUCAUGGCUAGCGGCUGCGUGAACGCGUUUAUUCGUCUUCAGUUGGGAUGAUGCAGUUGUGUUGAGUCCAGACGGACAGAGAUGGCAGAAGUCGUACCAGAGAAAAGUCGCGGCUUGAAGUUUGCAGAGCAGCAGCUCCUGCGUCACGGAUGGGAAUACGGUAAAGGACUGGGCCGAGGAGAGAACGGCUUACCGGAGGCCAUCAAGGUCAAAGUGAAAUGUGACAAAGGAGGGGUUGGUCACAAGGAAGGGGAUCAGUUCACCUUCCACUGGUGGGAUCAUGUCUUCAAUAAGGCUUCGUCCAGUCUGCAGGUGCAGUCUGAUCAGAACGGGAUUCAGUUGACGAAGACGGCGGAAGAAGGUGAAGGGGAUGGUGUGAUCUCCAAUAAAAAGCCAAGGAAAGCCGCUCUGGCUAAAGCCAAACUUUAUGGCUGCUUUGUCAAGUCAGCCACGCUGCUGUCUGGUACGGAGCAGCCCGAUCCGAAGCCUUCCUGCUCAGACAGCAGUAGCUCGGACGACGAGGACGACCAGAAACUGGAUCUCUCCAGCACCACAAAGCUCUCUGAUGCGGAUCUGAUGAAGGCUUGUGGAGGCCGCACGGCUCACAAAGGAGCCAGACAUGGCUUGACCAUGAAUGCCAAGUUAGCCAGGCUCGAGCAGCAGGAGGCUGAGUUCAUGGCAAAGUACGGCAAGAAGAGCCGACCGGCUAACGCUGCGCCGGUUUGUGUCACACAGACUCCGCCCACUGGCCGGUCAGCUGACCAGAGAGCUGAGAGGCGGGAAGAGACGCUGAGCGACUCUCAGAGGAAGAAGAUGGAAGAUAUUAGAUCCACCGGGAGCGAUAAUGAGCUAAACGAGUUGCCUGUAAGUCCUGACGUGGAUGUUAAACCCAAGAAGAAGAAGAAGAAGAAGAAAGCCAACGAGGGAGCUGAACAGAUAAGUGAUGCAGCUUCCUCUGAUGGGGAUGUGAUAUAUGUAGAAAACGGUGACUCAGACCACUCUCGUAAAACAAAAAGGAAACAUAAAAAGAAGAAACACAAUACACAGCAGGACGAAGAAGAAAGAACACUUUCACCUGCAGCAGCGAGCCAGGAGGAGCCUGCUGAGCUGCUCACAAAAGGGGGGAAGAAGAAGAAGAGGAGGGAGUCCUCACGCAGCGAACCUGAUGAGACCAACAACGCAGAAUCACAGCCGGUCUGCACACCAAAAUCCCAAAAAACAGAGGAAGACACAACUGUGAGGCAUAAAAGAAAAAAGUGUAAAAAAGACAAAUCCUACGCAGAUGAAGAUACAAACGAGGAGACACUUUGUCCAAAGAAGAGUAAAAAGAAGUCCAAAGUAGUUUAAAAGCUUUGGACCUGAAAAGAAGUUGUGAUUAUCUUGGUUGUGUUGAGCGAGGACCUUUUGUUGCUGGGCUCCUUGGUAUGACGAGCCUUUUUAAUUUAAUCUGAUCGGUAAUUCAGAGCAGUAACAAGGUUACAACCUCCAGAAAUGAUGCCUGAAUCCGUCACGGAGUUCGUGGGUCCGUGUUGGAGGAUUUUAGGGUAUGACACAAAUCAUUUGUCUUUGUUGACCACUAAAUGUAAAAUAUACAUUUUAGUAGAAAACCAAUAUGAAAUGUAGGGAAACUUUUUUGGGAUCUUUAACUCCUUUUUAUUGAACAGGUUUAACUGACGACAAAACAUGAACUUCUGCAGUUUAUUGGCAAAUUAAAUUUUUACAAAUAA